GCUUUUUGCUUUUUAGUUUAAUGUCUACCGGAAGCUAAAAUUUCCCACAAAUCUACCAUAACCAGACUACACCUGGCAACACUGUUGACAGCAUUGAUAUUUUUUGACAGUGACAGGAACGUCAAAUUAAAAUUGUCUUGUUUUUUGUAUUUAAAAAGUCGAUAGUGCCUGAUAAAUUUUAAUGUGUGUUCAAAACUCGAAAAUAUAUAUAUUUUUAGUUGUAUAUUAAGAGGUGCCUUUUCAAUUAUGUGAUACUACUCCAUAUUGUCUAUAAUGUUUGGAAGAAAACAUCAUGAUAAGGCGAAACUAGAGCACAAACUAUACUUGGCACGAGAAACGCCAGAACCAGUAUUUGAUAUAUCAGAUUGUUCUCUACAUGAAGUACCUUCUGGCAUAUACUCAUUAUGUAGAGUGUUUCUGAAGGAAUCACUUCUACUCAACAACAAUUGUCUAUCAUCUCUUUCUGGAGGUGGAGAAUUGAAUGAUUUGCAAUUAUUGAAGGUUCUAAAUAUAAGCAAUAACCAGUUUAGUCAUCUGCCUGAUGAUAUCCAUAUUUUAAAAAGCUUACAGGAAUUAUAUUUGAGCCACAACCAGUUAAGGCAAAUGUGUGAUAGUAUUUGUAAGUUAAGCAACCUUCAGGUUUUAGAUGUUUCACACAAUUUAUUGAAAGCUUUACCUGUUGAUAUUGGGGAAUUGAAGCAGUUGAAGAAGUUAGAUAUUACAGAAAACAAAAAGCUAAGAUAUUUACCAAAGAGUUUUUACAGACUGCAUAGACUUAAGGCUUUAAACUUAGAUGCCGAUUGUUUUUGUUAUCCUCCGAAAGAAGUUGUAGAGGAUGGGAUAGAUCCUAUAAGAAGGUUUAUUUGUGAUGAUAUUGGAGUCAAUUAUGAAUCUAUAGAGCCUCAACAUGAAGACCAAGAUUCAGAAACAAAAAUUAAUGAUGAGGUUGAUUUGGUUCAGGCGAAAAUAUGGGAACUAGAACAACUAAAGCAACAAAAAAUGAAACAUUUUCUAGAAAUCGAAAGGUACAAUGAACUCAUGCAGAGGCAUGAACUAGAACUUGCAAAUGCUUCAAAGACUGAUAGAGAUAAGUUACUGGCAAUGUUAACAGAGGAGCAAGUCAUCCUUGAUGAAAAACUGAAUAAAAUCCAUCGGCAGAAGGAGACUGAAAGGUUUAGAUUGAUAGAAAGAUUACAAGAAGAAGAAAAUAACGCACAUAUGAUCAUAAACGAACUACUAAGCCUUGACAACACACCACUGGAACAGCUGAUUGAACAAGAAGAAAAAGAAACAGAAAAGCUAUUGGCCAUGUUGAAUGAGUAUGAUGAAUCACUAAGGAAAGAUGAUAUUUUAAAAGCUAUGCAGAAUAUUUUAGAGCAAGAGACAGCAAUGUUGAAACAAGUAGAUGAAGACCGCAUGGUCACUUCUAAAAGCAUUUUAGAACAACAAUCAGAAUUAGAUGGAAAACUAGCAGAUGUUCUCAGGGAUCAAGAGGAGUGCAAAGCAAAGCUAGUAAAUGACUUGAAUGAAGAUACUGAUUUACAAAAAGCUGCUGUUGCCACACUAUUAGAGAGAGGUGAUGCUAGAAGUUGGGGAUUGUUACAACAAAUUCGACUGGUUGAGUCACAGCUAGCUAGAUUGACAAAUAUAGAGAUGGACAGGAAGAAACUGCAGAUGAAUCAACACCUGAACAAUUUAUGUGACCAAAGAAUAGGACUAUCUUGCCUACUAAUCAGUUUGAUUGAUCAACAAAAGGAAAGGCAAUUACAACUGAUAUCAACAUUGCAAGGUAUGGAAGAAAGUAGCAAUGAUAUUGACGAUUUCUGGUUGAAGCAGUACCAAAGACUACUUGAUCAAUUGCCAGAAGGUCUCUCUCAAGCUCAAAAGAACAUAGAUCCUUCUUUAGCUCAUGCUUUGCUAGUCAAUGGAGUCAUUCACUGUUUGCCAUUUCUCGCUAAACUCACUCAAAGUCAAUAUGACCUGUCUGAAGUAACAGACCAUGAUUUGUUUGAAGCAGGUUUAAAUUCUGGCAACGACCGUAGACGUAUCUUGGACGCCUUUCAAAUGUAUAAAAAAGAAAAACAUCUCAGUGACAAUUCAAACAUUCCAUCUGCUCCUCCAUUGUUAGACGAGGCAAGUGCACCACCUGCUGAAGAAAUUAGUGCAAUUACCACAGUGGAGUGCGUAAUAUGCCUAGAUAUGGAGUGUCAAAUUAUCUUUUUACCAUGUGGACAUCUUUGCUGCUGUCAGAAUUGCGGGUCAAAGAUAGCAACAUGCCCACUUUGCAGAAUAGAUGUAGAAAAAGUGAUAAAAAUGCAUGCAAAUAUUUAAAGAAUAUAGUCUAUUAACAUUUUUAUCUAUACUGCUAUUUCUCUUUGUGACUUUGAAAUUUUGACACAUACUGUUUUGAGGCAUGAACUAUUUUCAUCUGAAGUUGUUAAGUGAUGUUAUACCUUGAUAUAUCUAAGAUAUGCUUAGUUGGGAUACAUGCAUAUUUGAUGUAACAUCUGAAACUUAUCCUGUGAUUUUCAUGUUGAUAAUCCCCCUUAUUUCUCUGGCCAAUCAAAACCAUAUACACAUGUUGAAAAAAUCUAUAUUGUAAUCGUUUCGGUCACAAGAGUGACCCUCUUCAGUACAAUGACUAUGAGCGCCCAGCACCGCCUAGAGGUAGGCAUUCCCACACUCAAAAAAGGACAACCAGCCCUCCAAAAUGAUGAACAUGAGAACUGUUGUCGAAACACACUGAUUAAUUGUUAUGCAAUCUUCGACUAAAAUAUUGCAAAUGCAUUUUUUGCAAAUCUGAAACGCAAGAAAUAGUGCUUUGAUAUUUAAAGGAAACUAUGUUGUUUGCCCUGUGAAGAAAAUACGAUUGGCGUUGAGAUGGCGAAUUAAAACAUCUGUGCGUUUGAGAUCAUACAACAAACCAUGAGAAAAACUUGGACAAAAAAAUCAUUAUCCAUUAGUUUCGUUGGAGAAUAUCAAUUAGAUCUUUCGUUCAAGGAUAUUCAACCAAAUUGGGUCACACAGAUGAACUAGAAAUACAAUUAUUGUUGAAUUCUAUAUACAACACAUGCCAAAAACCACAAUCUUUGAUAUCUGUAAAGCAUGUUGCAGCAAAGAGGCACAUGUUAGUUCCAGUGGCCCAUAGGUAUAUAAUGCUUGUACUGGUAAUUUAUGAAAUAAACCAUUUAAGAAAAUUAAGGCAGAAGUGAAUGGCUGAAUUAUACAAACGUUUGAUUGACUUUCUGACACUUUUGUGGCUUGGUGUGGUUCUUCUAGUUAUAUUUAUUGUAUAUACAGUGAUGUGUGUGUAAUGUAUGGAGAAUGUAAUACUUAUUUUUGACACUUUGAUAGAACCUCUUAAAAUAAUAUCAUCCUUAGCUUAAAUGCCAACAAACAGAUCUGAUAGAUCCAUUUUGUCGCCUACCUAUAUUUAAUGCAUGGUAGAUAUUCUAAUUUCAACUCAAAAAUUAGUUGUAUAAAGACAAAAAAUGUCUACCUGUCGUGUUCUAAAUAUAGGCUUAUUCCUUCACCUUCCUUUUGUAAUUGUUAUACAUCUGAAGGCCAAACUGUUGUUUCUUACAUUAUUUUUUCACAGGACAAACAAAAUGAUGUUUAGAUGUUGAUGUACUGUUUCUCGCGUUUCAUAACCAUAAACAAUGCAUUUGCAACAUUUUAGUUGGAGAUUGCAUAGUAAUUAACUGGUGUGACAUUCUGGGUGGGUUUUCAAGUUUUUUUUUUUGUGCUUUUGGCAUCUUUAGGACUCUGGACAUAUCUGGUACAUUAAAAAAAUGACAGUUAACCUUAUCCUUACUUUGGAGGCCUCCAUUUUUAGGAGUGGGAAUGCCUACUUCCAGGUGGUCCUGGGCUAUACUAGUUUUGGUUGGUGCUAUCUUAAAAUUUGGAAUGAUGGCUUUGCACAAUUUAAGUAUGUUAUGGGACCUUCCAUACUUCCACAUGUAGUAACCCACUGUUUAGGAAUAUGAGAAUGAAGAAAAACAUGUAGUUUCACCUAGAAGACAGAAAAAUAACAUUUUCUUCAACACAUGUGGUUUCAAUUAGAGAAAUAUGGGGGAUCAACUUGCAUAUUUGUCUUGGUUUUUGUUUUCAACCAAACUUCUAGUUUUGCUCAAGUUCAUCCAGCAAGAUAUAUUGAAGGUUAAUUACAAAACAUUUCAUUAUGAUUUGAUUUAAAUUUUAUGUGAUACUGCAUCUUUUAGCAGCAGUAGACUUUUUUAUUUUUUGGAUACAGCUUUUGGCGAAAAUAGAGCAUUUGGCCCUUAUAUUGCAAGUGUUUGAAAUAAAACAAAAAUGAAAUAAAU